GCCAACACCGCCCCACCCUCCAACGCAUUCUUGAGCGCAGUGGAGGCAUUUGAGGCAAUGCAGAGGGAGUGCGUGGCGCAGGGAGGCGCAGAGCAGUGGGCGUGGGUGGGCAACAAAGGGAACUGGUAUGAUCUGUGUUGGGAAACGUUGAGGAGCAAGCACUUGCCACGUCAUGGGCCCGACAGGGAGCUAUGCCGCUACAUUGUGAUAACCGACGUAAAUCGAGGGUUGGGCAACAAGAUCACAGCAUACGUCACGGCGUUCAUCUUGGGUCUUCUCACGAACCGAGCCAUCAUCACACCACCGACUGCCUUCCUCACUCGCCGCUUCUGCAACCCCUUCGCCCACGCCAACACCUCCUGGACUGUUGACUCGCACGCCUAUGACGUGAUCGUGGGCACAGUGUUUCAGAGCCCGCGGCUGCUGCUCACCAGCUUGGCACAGCAGCUGAGGGCAACGCAUGGAGGGGCACGCACAGACCUGCCAUGGCAGGUGGUCAACAAAGGCGCAGUGUGGAUGGACCUGUAUCGCAAGACGUGGAACAUGUUCUGCCCUGACCUGUGGAACACGGUUGGUGCUGCACCCUUCUGGCUGGCCAGCAUUGACGCUUACCCCGUCCCGAGUCUCUACUACAUCCCACAGUUUGCUGAUCGUCUACGCGAGGUGUUCCCAGAUGGUCGGGUGUUCACCCACGCGGUGCGCCUCUUAAUGCAUCCCGACAACGAGCUGUGGGCGCAGAUCACCACCGCCUUCCAUGCCAACCUUGCUCACUUCUCCCACCGCCUCGGCCUGCAGAUCCGCUCACCUGACGGCAUCAACCUGCCCCUCUCGGCUCGCAUCCUCCAGUGUGGGACUGCUGUGUCGCACUAUCUGCCUUACACACAGUCAUUCGCACAGGCCGUGUUAGAGCCCAGCAAUGGGGCGGCCGCACACACACCGCACAUGACCAUGGGGGUGUUUGUGUCGUCCUUAUCGAUGCAACACAUGUUGGAGCUGCAGGAGCACUACACGCAGAACAUGCCCAUCGGCAACACGCUCGUUGCCUUCUGGUCGCUGACAAGCGAGGAGGUGGAGAACAGGAAGGAGCAGCACCUCGUUGCCACUGUCAUCGAAAUCUGGCUCCUCAGCUUCUGCGACCGGCUACUCAUCACGCAUCUCUCCUCAUUCGGGCGCACAGCAGUGGCGCUGGCAGGCAUUGAUGCGUUCUCCAUGGCGAUCACGGUGGUGAAGAUGCGCGCCGUGGACUGGCGCUCCAUGCCGGGGCCCGUGUGCGAGCGCGUGCCUUGUGAACCCUGUGACACCGGCGGUGGGAACGUGCAGUGGUCGGGGUGCAAUUGGGACUACAAUAUCAGCAGGCUGGCACGCGGGUGGGAGCGGCCGCCCGGGUUUGGCUUCUGCGCCGGCUUCCAGUUCGGCCUGCAGGACAACAGCCCGUUUGCCUCGCAACCACCGCAAUGA